UGUGUUUUGUGUGUACACAAUGUACGUGCGCCACACUGCACUAGCUACACAGUACGCAGAGGUAAUAGACGUGAUAUGCCCCGUGUGUUGUGUAGUAUGUACGAAUUGACAGCUACUUAUUCGGCACAGUCACUAGCUGUUCAUUAGUUGAUUUCUUCAGCAUCAGCUGGCGUAAUAAUCUUCUGCGAUUCCGAGGCCUUUGUGGGAUUCAUAUAUUUUUUUUUCUCGGACUUUUGUUGCCGUUGCUUCCAGUACCAGGACUUAACAGAACGAACGGCAGACAUCAUGCCGCUCUUCGGCCACCGGGAAAAGCGAGGGCGUGAGCCCAACCGGCCAAGGCUGGAGGAUAAAUAUGACCUCAAGGAAGUGUUAGGAACGGGUGCCUUCUCGGAGGUGGUGAUGGCAGAAGACAAGCACACAGGAGAAUCGGUAGCAAUAAAAUGCAUCGACAGAAGAGCACUCAAAGGGAAAGAGGACACACUGGAAAACGAGGUCUCCGUCUUAAAGAAGAUCCGGCAUUCAAAUAUCGUGAAGCUGUAUGAGAUCUUUGAAAACAAAACACACGUGUACCUCGUCAUUGAACUAGUCACCGGCGGCGAGCUCUUCGACAGAAUAGUCGCCAAGGGUAGCUACACGGAGAAGGACGCUAGCAAUAUAAUGAAGCAAGUCCUGGAGGCGACGGAGUACAUCCACGGGCAGGGAGUAGUUCACCGAGAUCUCAAGCCCGAGAAUCUUCUUUUUUACAACCCCCACGAAGACUCCAAGAUCAUGAUCAGCGACUUUGGCCUGUCCAAGAUGGAAGGAUCGGGCGAUAUGAACACAGCGUGCGGUACGCCGGGCUAUGUUGCCCCGGAGGUGCUGCGGCAAAAACCCUACGGCAAAGCGGUAGACGUGUGGUCCAUCGGAGUCAUCACAUACAUAUUACUAUGUGGCUACCCGCCGUUUUACGACGAGAGCGACACUGUCCUAUUUCAGCAGAUCAUGAACGGUCACUACGAGUUUGACUCGCCAUACUGGGACGAGAUAUCCGAUUCAGCUAAAGACUUCAUCAGUCAUCUAAUGAAGGUUGACCAUAAGGAGAGAUAUACAUGUUUACAGGCCAUAGCACAUCCAUGGAUUUCAGGAAACACUGCCCUCGAUAAGGAUAUUCACGAGUCCGUCAGCGAACAGAUCAAGAAGAAUUUUGUCGCCAAAUCCAAGUGGAAGCAAGCCUUCAAUGCAACAGCCGUGGUGCGUCACAUGCGCAAGCUGGGGCUAGGAGAAUUAGCAGCUGCGGCCAAUAACAACGGCGGGCAACCGCAGGGUGCACGCAGCGACGACAAGGAUACCAGCGCUGGACGGCAGCAAAGCAACAGUACACUACCGGGCACCGGGGAAGGACAGCAGAGUGCAAGCAGCAAAGGAGCAUCAGAAUCAAGGAGAUGA